AUGCUGGGGUUGGAUUCCAGUUUGCUGUGGCUGCAUACCAAAUGUGGAAGGUGGUGGUUGAGACUGGAAACCAUUUUGGGCGCCGCCGAAACCAGUGGCCUGGCUUUGAAGUUGCGAGAAGUUUUGGAAGCCCGUAGGCUGGCUAAAGAGUCCUUGGCUUGGAGCCUGUGUGCUUUGGGUGUCUGGAACUGCCAUGCUAAUUGCGUCCACAAAGCUGCUGACCUCAUUUUUCAUUUUCAAAGGCAGCUCCCUUAUGCUUGGGAUUUUGAUGUCCUUAUUUUCUUGGCCAGAGGUGGUCAUCAAAGAAGAAGUGAAACCUGUUGGCUGAGCUUGCAGUGGCUGUUGAGCAGGUUGUGGCUGCCAGCUCGAUUGUGCGCCAGCACCGGUUCCAAAAGAAGUCUGUGGUUGGAAUCCGGUUUUUUGUGCACCCAAUGCCUGGAAUCCUGUCUGUUGGUUAGAAAGAGGCUGAAAUCCAGUCUGCUGGGAAAUCAUGGAAGGUUGAUAUCCGGUCUGCUGAGUGGCAAUUGGCUGGACUCCGUUCUGGUAUCCCGUUUGGUAACUGGUCUGGUAGUCAGGACGUUGGAAUCCUUGCUGGAAUCCUUGCUGCCCGGACUGCUGCUGCUGCUGCUGCUGUUGCUGGAACUGGCCGUUCCACUGUGGAGUUUGUUGAUUCCAUCCAGUAGCUUGGGGCUGAAAUCCAUAUCCGGUUUGUUGGGACUGCAAAGACGGCUGCAUGAACUGCUGUUGCUGACCCGAUCCAGGUUGUUGCUGGGUAUUGGCCCAGUUAUUGUAACCGGUGGAUUGCGGAUAUCCACCACCAAACUGCUGUUGGCCGUUGUAUGGAUACAUGUUUUCCAAUAA